AGGGAUCCUCUCAGCACGCCCGACCUAUUUCUCUGCGUCCCCGACCACUAGCUGUCGCCGCCUUCAUCCUUUUCAUCCUCAGGUACGGGUCCGCCCCUCGCACCCUCACUCGUUCUGGUAUUCUUAUUUGUUUCCUGCCCGCCUGUCCUGCAUCGCGUGAAGCUUCUUGACCACCGUGCUGGCUCGUCUGCUCCCGUCCCAUCGAUCGUCCCGCCGUCGUGCCCCUCUGCCCUGCCUUGCCCGCCCUCAUCUUGCUCUCCAUUGCAUGUCCUGAGCCUCGCUAUAUACCCAUCGCGCCAUUCGUCACUCUCUCGCUACCCCCCCUCCUUCCCCUCCCUACUCCGCAUCUCCAUCCUCUAGUAAUACAUGGCCCCGGGAAUAAUGUGUUUUGGCAAGAAACCUGAGGACCCCGAUUCUCGUCGAAACGAGGAGAUCGAGAAGGUCAUCAGAAAUGACAGGAAGAAGCAGGAGCGUGAGGUGAAGCUGCUGCUGCUCGGUGCCGGUGAGAGUGGAAAGUCUACGGUGCUGAAACAGAUGCGCGUGAUACACGCCGGCGGCUUCAACAAGACCGAGCGGAAACAAUGGCGUGCUAUCAUCUUCAACAACUUAGUUUCUGCCUUCCAGACCAUCUUUGCCGCCAUGCAGGAGCAGGAGACAGAUUUCGAGGACGAUGACAAUCUGCGCUUUGCCGAACUCAUCGCCGCAGACCCAGAAAUCGGUAUUGAGGACUGCAUGCCCCAGGACUGCCUUGCCGCCUUCAAUAGUCUCUGGGCAGACAAGGGUGUCCAGCUUGCAAUUCUGAAGGGCAACCAAUAUGCUCUCCACGACAACCUCAGCUACUUCUUUGCCGACGUCGAGCGCCUCUUCGGUAAAGAUUACCUACCCACCGAUCAGGAUAUCCUCCGAACGCGACUGCGAACAACAGGCAUAACUGAAACCAUAUUCGAGCUUGGCAACUUGACGUACCGAAUGUUUGAUGUGGGCGGUCAGCGCUCUGAACGAAAGAAGUGGAUUCACGUCUUUGACAAUGUGCAAGUCGUGCUGUUUCUUGUCGCCAUCAGUGGUUACGAUCAUGUUCUCGUGGAAGACCGUAAUGGGAAUCAAAUGCACGAGGCUCUGAUGCUGUUCGAGUCAAUAUCGAAUUCGAAGUACUUCGAGAAAUCCGCAUUGAUCCUUUUCCUGAACAAGAUCGAUCUUUUCCGAGAAAAGAUCGCUGGUGGCAUGAGUCCAAUCAACAAAGUAUUCCCAGAUUACACAGGAAAAACAACCGAUAUCGAGGCAGGCCAAGAAUUUUUCGCAAACAAGUUCCGAAACCUCGUACGGCAGCCCAAGAAGGAAGUCUACGUCCAUUACACAAAUGCCACGGAUACGGACUUGCUAAAGAAAACCAUGGCCUCGGUGCAAGACAUGAUUGUGCAGCGCAACCUGAACGCACUGAUUCUUUGAUUCCCCUGUUCCUGAAAAAUAAAGUCGUUUCACAACACAACAGAGUCAGCCAUCUGAUUUAGCGCGCUGGGACACUAGCAUGGACGAAUGCACGUACGAUGAUACUAUAUACCAUAGUUUCUUUUGGCACAAUCUCAACGGCGGCCCGAAAAAUCAAAGAAAAAUCAGACCACUUUUCUCCCAGGCCGAUUCUCGAUGGCCUCCCCUGAAGGCGUCACCAAUGAUUGGACGAAGGGACCUUCCUGGGGACACCAUGAAUACGAUUUGACGGCCCCUACAUAACCCCCUCGAUAUCCCGAAUUAUUUUCUCUCUGCUCUG